CUCUCCAGGAUCCACAUAAAGAGAGACGGACGGAGAGAGCAGCGUCUUCUUCACAGAGACACCACCUGCAGAAUCACCAGAGAGCCUCCUGAGCAGCAGCCUUCAUCCUCCUCAUCCUCCAUCAGAGCUGCAGCAGAAUCACAAACAGCACAGGUUGGUUUUCCACAGAAACACAGCUUAUGUUCAUGUUUAUGGUCGAGGCAAACACUGAACUCUGGAUCUGUCAGCUGAUUGGCCCUCUCCAUCAUGCUCCGCCCUCUGCUCUGCCUGUGUGCUCUCAUUGCACAGACAGGUGCUCAGUGGUUCUAUCAGCAGACAUUCACUGAGUCUUCAGUGGUGAACAUCAGCUCAUGUCCCAUCACGUAUUAUGGACAGCAGUACGAGCAGCUCUAUGUGAACAUAACAUCUGGAAAUGUUACCGCCUGUUUCAACGGCUUUUUCAGUCCUGAAACUGGAGGCGACUGUGUUGUGGAGCGUUCACGGGGCGCAGAGAGUUUUUACUUUGCGAUAUAUUCAAAUCAUUAUUAUUAUAAUGAUUAUGAUUAUUGCUACUUCUAUAUAUAUUUCAAUAAUAUGUAUUUGGUUCAUCUUAUCUCUGGAACACAACGAUAUCUGUACUCGUAUAAUUACAUCUCUGAUCCAACGGAGUUUGAGCUUCAGGUCGGUGGAACCACAGUUGAUACAGUGAAUGUUACUGCAUAUACAGUUUAUUACUUCAGCUUCAGUGGAUGCAGACACUCAGGUCAGAUGUAUCGACCUGGUGCAGUGAUCAGCUCUGAUCCAGAAACCUGCUUCAGUCUCACCUGUAAUGAGACUGCAGUCCUCAACACUUCCAGCUGUGGUCCACUGGAGCGUUGUCAAGGCAACAACAUGUAAAUAUGUCUUCUUUGUAUUUAAAAGAAAGCAGGAAGCGUUAGUAUUACAUCAGCAGUGAUUGAACUCAUUUUGAUCAGAGCAAAGAGCUUCUUCUUCUUCUUCUUCUUCUUCUUCU